AUAACUCCCGACUGAACCCUAUGCUGUGUGUUUUGUUGGAAUGUUAUCGAGCAAUCUGAAUUCCUCCCAGUCUGUUAAUUUCAAGAUUCCUCUACAUCUCAAUUCACAACAACCUCACCGCCAAUCUCAGCCGCCUCCAAUUGUAGCAAUGAAGGUGCGAUCAUCAGUGAAGAAGAUGUGCGACUUCUGUCAGGUUGUUAAAAGGAGAGGACGUGUUUAUGUUAUUUGUACUUCUAACCCUAAGCACAAGCAGCGCCAAGGAAUGUCCACUUUUGCUUUUGAACAUGGGUCUGUGAAAUCUAGUGCUAAGCAGGAAAUUGCACCCAGUCUCGGCAUGGGGAUAGGUCUGGCUUCUAUCCUACCGAAAAAGCAUGAACCAUCGAUAAUGUUCGGAUGGAGUUCAAGCCUAUCAUCUCUCAUUUUUAAACAAGGGAAGUAGCCUAAGAUAACUCGAAGGAGCUGCCAAGGUUGAUGCUUUUCCUAUGGUUGCUUUCACGCCUCAUUAACUUUUCUUUCAGUUAGUUGAUGCAUUAAACUUUUUUAAAUAGCAUUUGAACCUUUUUUGGAAUCUAGUUAUGAUGUGCUGCUAAAUAAUGAGGUAUGGCUAAUGUACUUUUGUAAGAUAUUUCAUACAUUGACUGGAACAUUGAAAUUAUAGAACGUUUUUACUGUAAAUGAAUUUUAUAAAUUCAAAAGAAUUUAUUUAGAUAUUUGCAA